UGCCUCGUCUACGUUAUUAUUACUUUAGCACGACGACAUUUAUUUUAUUGCCAUAGCGACCGUAACCAUCAAACAAAAACCGCGUAGAUUCAAUGUUAUUUCAUCAGAAUUUGUACAACAUAAAAGUUGAAUUUUUAGUUUUUUAAAUUUUAAAAUUCGUUCGCCACCUAUUUGUGGCGAUGACUGAAGUUGAUCCAGAUACCAUCAAGAAAACCCAGACCACACUCGGCAAAUAUGUGAAGAAACCGGCCCUAACCGAAAAAUUACUGAAUAAACCACCGUUCCGUUUCUUGCAUGACAUUAUUACAUCGGUCAUACAAAGUUCUGGAUAUCUUGAUGGUUUAUUCGAGCCAAAUGAAAUGGUUUCUGCGAAUAUUAAAGACAAAGAGGCGAAGAUUUCGUUUUUGCAGAAAGUGAUAGACGUAGUUAAGAUUAGCACUAAGGAAAAUGUGAAUGCGAAACCAUCAAAAAUUGUCGCUGGACAAGAACCUGAACGAACGAAUGAGCUGUUGCAACUGAUAGGACUAGCAUUGAGUAAAAAAAUCAGCAGUACUGAGGCCGUCAAAAUGGUUAGAAAUAAUGAAAUUCCUAAAGCAAGUAAAAAUUCUACCACGAAACCGAGUAAAGUAAGCAAGCAAAGUUCCAUUGAUUCGGUGAAGACCAAGUCGAAAAGUAGCGAUGACACCAAAACCUCUAUGUUGAAAGACAACAAUAAAAUUAAUCAGAAAGUGAAAGAAACGAAAGACAAGAACAACGAGAGACAACUGAAAGAACGCACCAAAGACAAGGAAACGAAACCCAGUCGUGAUGCUAAGAAACCAACGAAGGAGGUAAAAGGUAGCGAGAAAAUAAGACCGGAAAAAGUUAAAGCUAUUAAUGGUACGGAAGUUAAAAAAUCGUCUACUAAAAUCAUUAAGGAAGAACCUAAGGAGAAGGUUCCAAAGGAGACCAUUAGCAAAGUGGACAGUGUUCCAGAAAUAACUCAGUUGGAUAAAGUAAACGAGGUGGUGAUUAACUCAAACGAUGCUGAUGACCUACAAAAAUCUUUUGAGCCAGAAAUUGUUUCUGUUCAAAUCCAAAGUGGUUUAAGUAAGACAAACAAUGAUCAAGACGUCGCUGAAACUGUUAUCAAUGGCGAUAUAAUGGAGAAACGGAAAUCUGCCGAUCGAUCUGACAGAAAAGUGGAGAGAAUUGCAUCAGAAGAGAAAGAUAGUAACGAGAUUCAUGAAACGGCUUCAAAUGUCAACGGUGAACCAGAUGUACCCGCACUUACUUCGAAUGGCGAUAAUUUAGUUGAACAAAAUGGCAUUGCUCAGGAUGGAGAGAAAGGUGAGAACGAACCGAAAUCUUCUAGGAAAGUGUCGUCGAAAAAAGACAAAGAAAAUGUAAAUGUAAAUGACACAACACGGACGGUCCAGAAAACUAUUACAUCUAGAAAUAAUUCAACUGAAGCUGCUGACACUCCAUCCCUUCCCCGACCUCGAACAUCGCUACGUCCACCAAGCGUUAGACCAGCUUCAGCAAGACCUGGAGCUCCGAGGCGACGCGACAGAAAUGUUGAAAUUGUUUUACAACCGGAUGGAAAUAUGCCAAAGCCCGGAGUGAAUAUAAAAAUUGACCCGUUGAAUGUUGAGCUGGACGAUGAUGGUGAAAAUUUGGUUAUAAUUGAAGAUUCGUCAAAUCAGAUGAAUGACAGUAAAUACGGAGCCGAUGUGCUGAACGAAAACGAUGAGGAGCAACAAGGUCAUCUAGUGCAACAAAUAUUAGAAACCCAAAAGGAAUUUUUGAAGAUUGACGAGGAAUCCAGCGAAAAACGACGAACUGAAGCUGAAUGGGACUUGAAUAACUCUCAUCAGCGUCAGACGUCAGCAAAGCAAAUGGAUUCACUUCGAGAUUCAAUUCAAAAGUUAACGAGAUCCAUCAAUCCGUUGGGAAAGUUGAUGGACUUUUUACAGGAGGAUGUUGAUUCGAUGCAAAUGGAAUUGUCUAUGUGGAAGAACUCAUACGAAAGUACGAAAUUGGAAUUGAAACGUGAAGAAGGUUUAACUGAAACGGCCAUCGAACCGCUCCGGCUCCAGUUAGCCCACAUAGAAUCAGACAUCAAAGAUCAGAUUGAAAUUAUGGACCUGGCCCGUGUUGAUAUAAUGGAGAACGAGGAAAAAAUUCUGAAAUUACUGACAGAGAUGUAAACGAAUAAUCAAUAAUUGGAAAUAAAUUUCUUUUCUAAGCUGCUGUAGUCGGCCCAUUACAA